CGCUGCGUUGAGCGGGAUGGAGGAGGACUUCGUGCUGGCGCUGCAGCUCCAGGAGCUGUGGGAAGCGGAGGACAAGGAGGCGGCGGCGGCGGCGGCAGCGGCGGCAGCGGCAGCGGCAGCAUCAGCACCGUGUCCUGAGGCCUUGCGGGACCUUUCUCCACUCCGGCCGCUGUCAGUGGUGGAUGAGUCGUGGGAGCUGCUGGACCCCAGCCCCGAUGUGCACGGGCUCUUCGUGCAGUUCAACGAGGCGCUCUUCUGGGGGCGCCUGGCGGCGGUGGACGUGUCGUGGAGCCCGCGCAUGACCCUCUGUGCUGGAGUGUGUAAAUAUGAAGGAAAAGGUGGAAUGUGUUCCAUUCGUCUGAGUGAGCCCCUCCUCAAGUUAAGACCAAGGAAGGAUCUUGUUGAGACACUGUUGCAUGAAAUGAUCCAUGCCCUGCUUUUUGUUACUAAUAAUGACAAAGAUCGUGAAUCUCAUGGACCAGAGUUCUGCAAACACAUGCGUCGCAUUAAUCGGUUGACUGGAGCCAAUGUCACAAUCUAUCAUGAUUUUCACGAUGAGGUGGAUCUGUACCGCCAGCACUGGUGGCGAUGCAACGGCCCCUGCCAAAAUAGGAAACCUUACUUUGGAUAUGUGAAACGUUCAAUGAAUAGAGCACCCUCUGCACGAGACUUCUGGUGGGCUGAGCAUCAAGAGAAAUGUGGAGGUACAUUCACAAAAGUGAAGGAGCCAGAGAACUUCUCUAAGAAAUCUAAGGAGAAAACUCAGGCAGAAAAACUUCCAAAUUCCGAGUCACCUAAGAAAGGCAAGACAAAAACUCAUGGUAUGCAAGAUCUGGUACCCUUUAGUGGAAAGGGAUAUCGGCUUGGGGGAGGAGACAGUGGACUCUCAGAAAAAAGCACAAAUGAAACACCUGGUUCACAGCUUCGUUCCCCAGUAAGGACAAUACCAAUCCCUAAAAAUGAGAUAAAAUUUGAAAAAUCACCCCGUAGUGGCAUCUUCUUUGCACUGCAUACUGGUGAUGCCAGUGAGAAAAUCAGCUUAUCUUCGAAGCGUGAGUUCCCUAAACUCUCUGUUGCUAAUUCAAAAGCUUACAAGAACGUGAGUGGAUCACCUGUUAAAAUUGCUCGUGUUACGGAAGAAAAAUCAAACCAAGGCUCUGCAAGUGGGAAGAGGGUUAUGCCAUUUUAUAACGGGUCACCAAAACAAAUUUGUUUUGAGCAGACAACAGCAGGUCAGAAAAAAAGCUCAGAAGGUUCUCAUACAUUUCAGCAAUGGCCAAAAAUGGAAGACAGAACUGCCUUUGAAAACUAUUUCAUUAAAAAAGGUGGUACUGGUGUCACUUCAAGUAUAAGUACACCUUCAAAAACCAAAGUUGAAUCUACAGUGUCCUCUGCAAGUUCCAGCGCUGCUGUGAGGCAGGAUAAAAAAGUCGGUUGUCCUGUUUGCCAGACUGAGGUUUUGGAGUCUGAAAUAAAUGAACACCUUGAUUCUUGUCUUGCAUAAAACCUUUCAGAAAGCUGGCUCAAAAAGAUAAGCCAUUGCUUCAAAACUACUUUGCUCAGGGUUUGCUUAAGCUGUGGUUACUUCCCUGUGUGCCUGUUCAGAACUGGAAUUUAUACUGUCAGCAUGUUGAACAACAAGUUUUGUGGAGUUGUACAUCAGUGCUGACUGGGAAGCUAGCUCCUGCUUGUCUUCCAAGGAAUCAAAUUCUGAAGCUGUAGCAGGUGGAUGUUUGUGCAGAUGUUCUUGCUCCAGAAUCUGGGUAAUACACAGGGAGGUAGAUACUUGCUGAACUCCCUAUUUCCUAGUUUCAAGGCAGUUUUUAAGAUUAAGACAUUUUUAAUCCUGCUAGUUUAUGUUUGUUCUUAAAGCCCCUUUGUCUUGGGGGAGGGGGAAGGAGGGAGUUAAGUGGUGGUGGGGUUUUGGCCAUUCUUAAAGUUAACUACCUGUACUAGUAAGAAUUCUUCUGUUUACUGCAGUGUCAUUAAGUGGCAUGUACUUUUAGAACAGAAACUAUUUUGCAUAUGCCACAGUUACGCUCUUAGGUGGUCAUCUCACCUGUGAGCUUUUCUAAAAGAUAGGUGAGACUGAGAAUCUCAAAUAAAGGAUUUUACCAAAGAUGGGAGAGGCAUAGGCAUCAAAAACAUAACAAACCAUUCAUUUAGGUUUAAUGGGUGGAUUGUAGCAGGAAAGAGAAGAUCCAGAAGGGCAGUGAAGGUGCUAGGAAAUCAAGCACAAGGUUCUUGGUAGACAAGAAGGCCUUAAAAUUAAGGGCUCAAUUUAAAAGGAAAAAAAAAAAAAGGGCAUUUUGAGGAGUGAGGAGCUUAUUUUCAGAGAUUGUUUAAACAUUAGCUGCAUCAAUAAAGUCAGAGUGGUCACAUGGAAGCUAAUGAACUUCAGUCUUAGGUGUGUCUGUUUGGUCCAGGCCAGGGUCCCAGCUAGAUUCUCCAUCCACUGCUUCUGAUCAUCUGCACAAACUGUUUACUAUUUUUUGUUAGGAUAUAAGAAUUAUGAGCAUGAGUAACUGACCCCCAUAUUCUCACACUAGUAAGUAAAAAGUUGUGAGGAAUAUUGGUAUCAGUACUGAUAAAAACUGUUCCUGGCCAUGUCAUUAAAACAUGAUUUUUCAGUUAAAUUUCCAGUGUUUCACAAGUCAAAAUGGUGUUAAAUUGACAGCAGCUGACAGUGUUUAUUUUGCUGCUUCUGGAAGCCAGCCAGCCUGGUGGUUAGUAUCCAAGGAGCCAGGCAGUUGAGUAGUCAAACCAUUGUGCUAUGAGAACUUGUGAAUGCUGAGCAGAUGUGUUUUCUAUAUAAACUUUGUGAGACAUUAACAGUUCUUUUGCUGCACUGAAAGUAUUUAACUGGUUCCACAGUUAACAUAUGGAUUCCUUGCUUAUAAAACUGAUUAUAAAUAUUUUCGUUAAAGAAAGAAAAACUAAUUAUGCUGUUUCAUAUAUUGUUGCUACAACUUUAAAUGGCUAUGUUAGCCUUGGAUGCAUGUAUGUUUGUCUUUAUGUAAUCAACUAACUGCUGCUCCCUUUUGAAAUACGAAAAUAAACUGACGUGCAAUGGAAUUUAGCAAAUGAUACCUUAACCCUUUCUAAA